AAGAAAAAUGCAGGCUGCAACUGUUUUUAAUUGCUUUGCCUUGUAAAAGCGGCUUGUAAUGAAUAUGUAUAAAAUGAAAAUUUAAUGCAGCUAAGUAAUUAGAUGACAGCAGAGAGUUGUACGUACAUGGGAAUUAGAGAUUAUUUUUUUUUAUAUUCUCGUCAUUGUUAUAUUUUCCGACGUUCCUAAAACACCUCGCUCGUGACUGUAUACAUAUACGUGUGCACGUGCGCGUUCCUAACCUCGAAAGCGCGGCCGUGGGUGGGAGUCCGAUGUGACGUUUUGCACGGAAGGCCUAGUGGAAAUUAAUAAAUAUAUUUUUUACGCAAAUACAAUUGAGCUCUGACAAUGGCGAUGCAAGUCCCUUCCGACGUUGAUGCCGAUCAGAUUAAAUCAUUUCGGGACUUCUUAACGUCGUACAACAAGCUCUCCGAGAUCUGCUUCGUCGACUGCGUAACCGACUUCACGACGCGCGAAGUUAGGCCCAAGGAGGAGAAGUGCGCCCUCAACUGCAUGGAAAAGUAUCUGAAGAUGAAUCAGAGGGUGUCGCAGCGUUUCCAAGAGUUUCAAAUAACUGCCAAUGAAAAUAUCCUGGCAGCUAAAAAACAAGGUUAGACAAAAUUUACUCGACGAGUCAAAAGUAUAGGUAAAAUGAUCUUGAGCGUCUGUCCAAAUCUUCGUGCUGCAAUGUCAUGAGAUUGCAACAAACAUUUGUAAGCUUCUUGAAUAUACAUCUCUGUACGAUAGUCCAGAUCUAUUUAAUAUCCGCAUAAAUACUUGUUCAAGAUUUAAAGUUUUUAUUUUGAAAUUAAAAAACAUCGAUUGUACAAUAAAUUAUGUACUAUAAUAUACUGUAAUAUAAAAUGUUAAAUAAUAUAAAUUGUGAAAGCAUGAUGGAGUUGAUAUACAUGUGUUGAAUAUAAAUAAAUUUGUUCCUUCUUUAAAUAUGAA